AAGUUCAGUGAUGAAAUUAAGAUUAAUUGAGAACCAUACGCACUUGAUUGAAGCAAUUGCUGGAAAAGUGUGUUGUUGGGGUUUUUAUUUUUAUUUCUUGUAAGCGGCUCUUGGCUUGGUUGAGUGCAUGAACCCUUCAAAUUGGAACCGGGUGAAAAAUAAUGAAAACAUCGUUACCGUUGGGCGCAUAAAAACGCAACACGCGAAAAAUAUAACGCUAAAUUCAAUGGAAAAAGCAAUUCCGAAAAAUAAACAACAAACGUGUGGCGAAAGUGUGCGCAGCGUAAAGUGCAAAGCAAAGCGUUAGAGACGGGCGUGGACUAAUUAGAGAAUAGUAAACGCAAGAAAAAAUACCCUACACAGGUGCAUUCUUUACUGUAUGGCAGAGUAUAAGAAGGUCUUAAUCAUGAUUUUGGACCGUCAACUUGGAUGUCCACUAUAUGAUAUAAAGGUCUGAUCUGACCGAUUUUUUGUCUGAGGCAAUAAUCUUUCCCAAAUCUUACAGAGAUAUUUUUUCAAAUAAAUAAUAAAAAAAAAAAAUUUGUCAACAGAAGAACUUGUUUUUGAUCUGCCAGUUUCUAUGAUAGCUAUUUGUUAUAGUAGUCCAAAAAUGCUUCUUCAGUAGAAAUGAACGUGUGCCAAAUUUCACUUUGAUAUCUCAAAGACUGAGGAACAAGUACGCUUCUAUGCAGACAUACACACAGAUAUACAGAAAGCCAAACAUUGUUCCGUAUCUACUUAAUUUUUAUUUUUUUUUCUGUUUUUUUCUUAAUUUGCUGUUAGUGCUGCCAUUAAGACCAUAUCAACACAACAUAAAAGCCGCUAGAGCACAAAGCCGUUCAAGACACUUUAAUUUCACAUAUUUACACGCAUUUAUACAUACAUACACAUACUCACGGCAUUUAUGUAGCGAUUUAGUUCAACAGCAACACUUCCGUUGCUUCCAAUUUCGAGAUUUAAUAACAACAACAGCAGCAAAAACACUUGAGUUGUGGCUUCCAGUAAACACCUGGCUUGUUGCGGCGAUAAACCACCCAUACACACAUACAAACAUGCAUACAUAUGUACCCAUUAGAGGACAAAAACAAGUUCAUUUAUAAACACUUAUAAUAUAUACAACAACAACAAAAACAUAUAUUUAUUUAUGUCGUGCUCCACACUCAAGUCGCCCUGCUUUUGCACGCGCAGCGUCGCUUUGCUUUGCCUUUGAGUGAUAGCUUUCAACAAGUCGCAAAUAUCUGCUCUUAUAAUCAACCACACACGGGCAGUGCGUUCUCGUGCGAUUAGCAUCUCUAAGCUGCGGAGCGCCGCAUUUUUCCUACAUUCGUCCUUGAGGCGGACCGCUCUCAAAUUCAAGCCACAACACAAAACUGUUUUGUGUUUCUCUUUUUCAACUCAUUUAAUUGUGCGAGUUGUCGUGUAAUCGCAUUUGCUUCAAAUUUGCUCAUCGCCGGCGAUAUUGUGUAUAAAAGCUUGGAACAAAGAGGUGAAAAAAUGAAUAACUUGACAAAAACCGAAUUAUUACCAAAGAGCGGACAUGUCAACGAAGUUUGCAAGGAAUGGCUGGUACGUGAAGACAGCGCACUGGCCUAUAAAUUGCAGUCUCAAGAGAUAAAUGACUUCUACAAAGGCAAUCGGCAGCGCAAUGCUGUGGUACGUGAAGACUUUCCGACAGCGCUGAAUGAGCAAAUCAAAGAGAAGGAAGAGGCGGAAAAGCAAGUGGAAAUGUAUCGGCGACGUUUGCUCGAGCAGGAAGCAUAUGACAAGCGUGUUGCGAAGGAGAUCGCCGACAAGCUGGAACGUGACUUGCAGGAGCAACGACAGCGUGAGUUGUUAGAGAGCGAAGAGAUGGCGCAGCAGAUGCAGGAGCUGUACGUGAAUUUGCCGCCGCCCACGCGUGGCAAGGCGCAACUGCCACCGCCACGUCCAGCUAAAGCAAGUAUCUUGCAACAGAAUCCAAAUGAACCCUCAACAUCGAAUGGUAGAUAUUUUGGUGGYAGUAGUAGUAGUAGCCAGCACACAUCAAGUCAUCAACAAUUGUCACAAUCACCACAAACACCACAACAGUCAGCAUUUCAACCAUAUUACAAGCCGCAGCAACAACAACAACACGAAUUGCAACAAUCAUCGCCUGAAUCAUAUUUGUUGCAACAGAAUCAUUUCUCACAAACCGACUGCUAUGUUGGCAUAAGCAUACAAAAGUCACCCUCGCUAACAGCAGCGGCAGCCUCCACCAGCGCCGCAGAUGCACCAUCACCACCAACAUCAUCAACACGCAAAACCGCAAAGUCACAAGCGAGCGGCAGCAGCCACUUAUUGCAACAACAUCAACAUUCAUUGUCAUCCAUUUCGACGGGUUCGACAGCCUCGGGAGGAGCAGCAGCAUCGGCAGCAAUAAUGGCAUCGCCAAGCGCUUCGGUACAGUCAUCCACAUUUGCACAUCAACACCCACACCAGCACAAUCACCAACACUUGCAUGCACCAGCCGCACAACAACAGCAACAAAAACGCAUUGCGCUCGAUAUGCACCACCCAACACAUACACCCUAUACUAAUCACUCACCAACACACACAACAACAACAACAACACCAACUGGUGUGCACCAACAACCGCUACACCAACAUCAGCACCCAGUUGAAGAGUUGGUGGAUUACUCGGAUGUUGUAGACAGCAUACGCCAACUAAACGGUGAGGCUGUUGGCCAUACACCCGAAUCAUCACCAAUACACAACACUUUCAGUAAUAAUCACCCCAAUCCAUCAACUGGUGCUUUGAGCAAUCGCCUGCAUUCGGUUUCCAAUGAGAAUUUGCUUAGAAAUGAACAUAAAUUUCAGAAACUCUCACCGGAGAAAUACGAUCAGCUGGUGGGUAAUGAUGGCAGUGGGCGUGGCAUGCCAAAUGCCGUGGCCGCUGAGCGGCACAUGCAAGCGCACGCCGACGACAUCGAACUGUAUGUGGAUCCGUGUGAUUAUGCGAGUCUGAAGGAGAUCGGCCUGCCCAUGGAGGAGAUCAAGGAGAUGAGCAAGAAGCUGAAGCAGGAGCAGAAGGAUGAGCUGCUGGCGCGUCGUUUGCAGCAAAUGGAGGCGCAUGAUGGACUCACACAGGAAGAGCGCGAUCGACUGAUGGCGAUCGAGGCGCAAGACAAAGAACUAGCGAAAAUGCUGCAAGAUCGCGAGCGCGCCAAGGCGAAACGCGCCAAAGAAAAAGCGCGCCUGCGUAAACACCAACAGAAAGAUGGCAACACAACACUCUGCUCCUCCAAUGGCAGCUCAUCAAACGGGCUACAUUGCGGCCCACUAUUACCGCUGCCACAGGAUUGCCUCUCAUUUGGCAAACACUCGUCACAUGCCGCACACUCGCCAACUGCGGCCGCUGCCAACAACUUCUCCUACGCGCCACAACCGGCAGCGCGCAAUGGCUUGCACGUGCAGGCGGAGGAGCAGGAGGAGGCGGACAUCAUCGAUGUGGAGGCCUACUCGAAUCCCAUCGAUGUACUGCACAAUCAACAGCAACGCCAACAACAAAAUGGCACACUCACCAAUGGCAGUCUGUCGCGUGAGGGUGGGCGUCGCAGCAACGGCAGUCAACACAAUGGCAUCGGUGCGCAUCCGAACAGCAUGUUGCUCAAUCGCGGCGAAGAUGACAUCUACACAUUGCCGGUAGACAGCUGUCGCCCGGGGCAACGUCCAACGUCGCUGAACAUUAGCGCAACCAGUGAUGCGCAUCUGUUGCAACACAACUCAAUGACUAGAUCUGAAAACUAUUCCAUCGAUUCACAUGAUUCACUAAACAGACAUGAGCUAGCUCCACGCAUGAACUACUCGCAGUCGAGUACUUUUGGUAUAUAUAUAAAAGCUCAAGCCCCACACCGCCUUAUAUGCCGAUUCAGGGUACGCGACGCUCAAACUCAGGCGACGAGCGGAAAAAGAAAUCGAAGGAUAAGUGUACGCAUCAGUGAAGCGGCCACAAAUUAGUCGAAUUGCUCAUUUAUAUUAUAAAUACAUAUAUACAUUACACACAUGGAUAUGCAUAGUAACAUAUACAUAUGAACACACACAUACAUAUAUAUGCUAAGUAAAUAUACACACAUAUCCUCGUUAUAAACCUAUGUCCGUUUGUACGACGUUGAAACUGCAUACAUACAUAUAUGCACCUAAACAUAUUUAUUAAUAUACAGUAUGCGUGUAUACACAUACAUACAUAUUAUUAUAGAAUUUAUUCACCAAACUCAUUAAAUAAAAUCUUUCUAAUCCAUAUCAAUUUUUCCAUUCACUUCUAUACACACAUACAUAUGUACUUAUUUGUUAAAGCAAGUAUUGCAUGACAUAUUAUUAAGGGCAAGAGUUAACAGUUAAACCAAUUUGUGUAAAGUGGCAAACAAUAAAAAGUAUGUAUUUGGUGCGCUUAAGCAUUUAUUAUAAAAAUAUCUCACACAUACUUACAAAAAAGUAUAUAUAGUUAUAUAAUUAAAGCUACCCACAAGCUACAGCCAACACAUACAUAUAUUAUAGUAUAUUAUUCAAACAUAAAUUUAGUAGAUACAUAUCUAUGUUCAGCUAUUGUGGAAUGUUUUAUCGUUUACUCUGAAAAUCUAUUUGCCAACUUGAAUUAAAAAUGAAUUUAAAAAA